CCGUCUAUAGUCGGCCUCGGCCCAGCCCAUAUAACGGCUGCAUCUGACCACCCGAGCCGACCUCUCGCAGUCGUCUUCCUCCUGGAACCCCCGAAUCCUCCUCAUCCCCCCCUCCCCCUCUGUCGCUCUUAUCGUCGUCGAGAUGUACCAUCCCACGAGAGGCGGCGUCCGCGGCGGGCGAGAUCAAUUCAAAUGGGAUGAUGUGAAGGUUGACAAGCACCGGGAGAAUUACCUUGGUCAUAGUGUUAAGGCUCCUGUUGGUAGAUGGCAGAAAGGGAAGGACUUGUUGUGGUAUACAAGGGAUAAGCAAUCUGACUCAGAAGACGCUAUGAAGGAAGAAAUUAGGAGAGUGAAAGAGGAGGAGGAACAGGCCAUGCGUGAGGCACUUGGCUUAGCUCCCAAGCGUAGCAGUCGACCAAAAGGCAAUCGUUUAGAUAAGCAUGAAUAUGCUGAGCUAAUAAAGAGGGGAUCUACCGCAGAGGAUUUGGGAGCCGGCCAUGCUGAAGCAGCACAAGUGCAAGGAUUAGGUUUAUACAAGGCUCCUCACAACGAGGAAGAACCAAGCUCUCUUAGUCCUGACCCUCCUGGAACGGAGCCUGAGCAGAUUGACUUUGCACCUGCAACGAAGCAGGAAGAUUCUGAAGAUGAUAGGAAGGGGAAAAGGCGGCGCGAAGAGAGGAGAGGGGACAGAGAAAAAGAGCGGAGGCGUGAAAAGCACUAUGAGGGAAAAGAGAGGAAGCGAGACAAGUAUGAGAGUAGACACGACUCGGAGGACAGGGAGAAGCGCCACCGCAAGGAUAAGCAGAAGAGGAGGCAUGAUUCUGAUUAACGUAGCAGGCUAGCAGCGCUGCAACAGUAUUGCUACUGUACCUUUGCAUGUUUCAUGACUUGGAUGCUACUCUUGCUUGAUAAUGUAGUGUAUGAAAUUCUGCUGUCUAUACCGUGCCCCUAUUUCGCAGAAACACAUGUGCAACUACGGAUGGAAUCGCAUGACUUCGUUGUGCUUGUUGAAGAUUGAAAAGAUGGUGUUUCAUGACGAA